AUGCUUAAAGGCCAGACGCACCUGAUUGAAGAACUUUACUCAUUUUUUGAAGACAUAAAGCCCCCUGAGUGGUGAGAUAACAUAAUUAAAAUUAAUAAAUAAAUGCAGCAAGAAUAAAUAAAUAAAUAAAUAAAUAAACAGUACGAUCCACUCUUAUCCAUUUGGUACGGAAAAUAAUCAAUUCUUCAUAAAACGACUUUAUCAUGGUCUGUUUGUUUUUCAAGUUCCGAUGAUGAUUUCGAGGAAUUUGAGUUUGGAAGUGGCAGCGAAACAGAGGUAUGGUAUUAAACAUGUUCUGUUAAAGUUCUCCCAGAUACCCAAUGUUGAGGAAUAAGGUUUCAAAAGGUUUGAAAACAGGACACUUUAUAGCGCCAUUGUUCUCUUUUUUAAACGUAAAGCAUUAGAUUUAAACACGUAUUCACCAAAAAACACACAAACAAAAAUAAGAGAUAGAACUUUAAGUUGUAGUUUAAGGUUAGUCUAACUUCUUGUGAUGAUUUUUGAAGGUGGACGAUUUUGAAGAAGUGGAAAUACCAUGUUUUGUGGAGCCGAAGAAAAUGAAAGGUCGCCCUCCAAGAGAAACUCAGAAAAACAAGACAAGGAAAAACAAAAAACCUUCUGGGAUAGCUAAAGGUUCAAAACAACAGGGAAAUGCAAGUAAACCGGCAGGAAAUAAAACUAAAACAAAAACUAACCUCACUAAGGGAGGCAAGCAAUAUACUCUCCUUGGGGGAUCCGUCGGAGAAAAUGAGGGGGGAAAUCUGAAACACACGUACCCCCCUAGUAUUCCAACAAAUGGAGAAGUUACAGGGGAGGAAAGUGGAUUGGACGAUUAA